AUCACAAUGCCAUGCGAAUCUAGAACAAAAUCUUUCAAAAUUUGUCGCUGCAUUUGCAAAUGGAGGUGUCAAUGUCUAAUUCCUCGAGAAAGGAAGCCCAAACCGCCGUUCGGCAGUUCAUCGAAACGCGACGACAUCAUUGGAUUGCAUCCAAAAUUCUAUUCGGGCGAAGUCGACUCGCCACCUGUGGGAUUGUACGAUCCUCGACCCAUCGACACAAAAAUCACUGCCACCAGUUGGAAGAAGCAAGUAGAGCUCGAGGAGUUUUCAGCUACGAUGGGAGGACGACUUUUAGACAAAUAUGUGUUGGAGAGGAGUCUGAUGAAGACAGGAUUAGGACCUGGAACGCACGAAAUCUCCCAGUGGCCAGAAAUCAGUUUACAGAGGACUUGCAAAACUAUUCGAAGGGAUAUUGGGUUCGGAACAGUUCCCCUUUUCAAACCUGCCCAUGUGUGCACUAACCCUGGACCAGGUAGAUUGACCUUAAGACUUGGACAAUUCGAAUAA